UGCAUUCAAAACGGAAACAUACGAACAGGAAGAGAGUUAAACAUUCUGACUAACUGUCAAAACGAUAGAACACAAUAACUCAUGUUACAAAAUACACGUCUACAAACAAUACUGAUAUUUUGGAUUUGUUCAGCGUUAAACAUGUGCCCCAACCAAUCGAUGAGGGUUCGUAUACUCCUUGGUCUUAUGCUGUAUGUGAAUCAUACCCUCUGUUCAGUCAGCACCCCUCCAUUGGGGACCUUUGUGACCUCAUGCCAUGAACGCAGUUUUUGGGUGUCCGUCAAUUCCAGCUUUCUGGGUCACAAGGCGCGCUUUGACAUUGAAGAUGGCACCGGCAUACACCUCCUAUCUAGUCAGCGAGCCGCCGAAUGUGGGUACACCAUUCUGUUCGAUCGCCAUGGAAACCUGGUGUUCCGUGCGUCAUACCUGGCCUGCUAUGUGGACAGUAAGGCGGACUCGGAGUUCUGGCUGCAGGUGUGGUUUGUGCACUGGCGAGCAGGUGGGCGUGUGAGGGCCUAUCCCCUCCGCCUGCACUGCCUCCUGCCCCAGCCCUGGAGCCCCCGUGAUGUCAUCUGCGAGGAGAACUACAUGGAGGUUUCUGUCAAGCCUCAGAUCCCAGCUCCUCACAGCCAUAGACAGAAGUGGAUGGACGCGCCACUCAUGUCAUCUGAGGGGAAAGAGCAGCUGAAACAGGAGGGCCUGGUGGUGUUCUACAGGCCAGGAGUGGUCAAGGAGCCACCCUUGGCGGUGAGGGAGGUCCUGUCGCUGGGAUACGUCAUUAAUGUCACAGAAACCCGUGUCCUGCUUCGCUGCGCUUACUCCUCUCCCCGGUCUCACACGCUCACGGACAAAGGAGUGUUGGUGGAGGCAGUCAGUGCUUUCAUUCAGAUCCAGACACAAGGGCUUGUGACAGUGAUGGAUGUCUCCAUGGCAUGCAUAAUUAGUGAUGCUGUGGUGGAAGGGGAACAACUCGUGUGGUUGUCUCCCCUAAUCCUCAGUCCACUGGUUCACGGGAUUUUCAAAGACAGCAGUGUGAGGCUUGGGGUUGGUAGACAAGCCCUGAGCGAGUGCAUAGUCCGUGACCGUGGCUACAAGAUCACGUCAAAUGAUGGAGUGCUGCAGGUCAGGAUCCCAUUUGGUGCAGAGGGAACAUUCACUCAGAGUGUUGGAGUAAAUAGACAGCUCUCCAAGGUCGUUUCUCUUGACCUUUUCCUCAUGCACGAGUGGCAGGAUGACCUUUGGCCUCUGACCCAACACCGCACGUUCAGAUCUCUGCACUCCCCCUACCUCCCCCACACACCAGUACUCAUCAACAACACUGUGUGUUCUGAGAAGACAUUCUCCGUCACGGUGGGGGUGUUCCCAAGGGAGAUGUCCCUGAAGUCCGUAUCCAUAGGAGGAGAAGCUGUGGCUUGGCCAGAGGCACGACAACAGGCUAUCCUUUUCUCCCAGAUCCACUUCAGGAAUGGGAGCUUCAUUUAUCAAUUAAGAGUACCUUUCUCGUAUCCAACUAUAUCCCAGAAGCGAAUAAGAGGAAGCUAUAGGAGGCUGAGCCUGGCUUUCACUCUAACCCUCAGUCUGAACGCUGAAGAGUUCGACUACAACGCCACCGUAGUCUGUGAUGAGAAAGAGGCAGACACGGGUCCAUGGCUGGAGGGGCGCUGCAAGGAGAGCAGCGUGCAGGUCCAGCUGCACUACGGCUCCAGAGAGCGGCCGUGGGAGCUGCGUCUGGGGGGCCGGCCGCUGGACUGGGAGCUGAUGGAGCUGGGGAACUACGAGGUGGAGCAGGAGGACGACUACCUCAUCGUGGGGCUCCCGCUCUCCGCACCUGGCGUGACCUAUGAGAGCGUGACACUGCAGGGUGUAGUUGCUAAGGUAGAGGCGAGCGUGGUUGAGCUGGACUCCGUCCAUGAGGAGCACACCCUAACACAGCGCUGCAGCUUACCUGUUCGAGAACUUCUGGCAUGUCUUCCUGAGGGGAGAAUGGUGGUUGUUGUAGAUACAUCUUGGACCCUUCCCCCUACGCCACCGAACAGGACCACCCUAAUGGAUCCAUCCUGUGGGCCCACGCAAACAGACAGCACCAGGGCUCUUUUCAACUUCGCCCUCGACUCAUGUGGUACCACUCAGAAUGUGGAUGGAGAGUACCUGGUAUAUGAGAACCACAUCAUUUACACUCAUGAUCUACAGCAAACAGAUGAGCCGGUCAUCCACAGACACUCCCCUUACAGGCUGACCAUUCAGUGCCGCUUUCCAGCCAAUCACACCAGCGUGGUCUCUCUCCAGCAUCCAACAGACGCCUCCACCUCCAUGCCACUGCCACCCAAAAACGGCCACCACAGAUCUAAGCGCAGGCUUCAGUGGCACUCUUUUGUUAGAGGCCUACAGGCUAGAUGUCUCUACACUGUGGUUCACACGAGGAAUGCAUAUUUUGCAAUAUUUAUAUUGCUAAACAAGUCUGGUGGGGAACAGAUCCCUCUGAAGGUGACUGCGAUGUGCAAAGAGACGAGUAUAUUGUUUUCCAUGGAACAUUCGGCAAUGGACGUUCAGUGGGAAAUUGGCAACCUUGCUCUGACGCAGCUACUGGCCAUGAUUCGCGGCUACAUCAUUCAAAACAACACGCGGGACAUGACCCUGGAAGUCCCAUUAUUUUCUGUUGGUUACAGAUACGAGGACAUCAACCUCGAGCACUUCUAUGGGAGUUUUGAAGUGAUCUUCAGAGACACAGACACUUGGAACGUGACAGAGACUAAAGUUCAGCGAUGCCUCUUCAAAACCCGUGAGCUCAUAGUGUGUGACCCUAAGGGAGUGGUCAGUGUAGUGACCACCACAGCCAUGGUUUUACCACCGCUGGACCCAAACAGAACAUCCCUCCUGGAUAGCAGGUGCCGUCCAGUGGAGACAGACAACAGUCGGAUGCUCUUCGUCUUCACAGUGGACACCUGUGGGACUAGGAGUUGGAUGGAUGCAAACUAUUUGACCUAUGAGAAUGAGAUUGUCUUGAUUCGAGACCUUUCCCCAGCCAAACCCAUUAUCACCAGAGACUCUAACUUCAGGUUGACUGUUCGUUGCUAUUACCGAAGUGCUGGCACCGCCAUUCUCUCUGUGGACAGCAUACCGCGCGAGGGCCCUCUGACUCCUGGAACAGGCUACCUCCUUAAGAUGAGACAAGACAAGACUCGAAAACGAAGCAGGUUUAAGGCUGUUGGCAGUGAUUUCCUUGGCAUUGUGAGGGCCAAGGCUGCAUUCCCUCAGGCACAGAGGCUCACAUGAAGACGCCCCAGAGCCAAAAGGUGAGGCGGAAACUGCAAGUUGUGCCAAUGAGGUGCGAGCUUGGGCAGGGGAUCAUAAGAGAAGUAUCUCCUACAACAUCUCACCGAUAUCGUUUGUCGGUGUUUUACUUUCCAGACUGUGCUUCUGUAUAUGUGCCAGUUCUUCCGGUGGUAUUUGCUGUUCUGGGCACAUCAUUUGUUGCAAUUAUUAUUUUUUUCUUCUUGAAAUAAACUAAUUCACA